AUGCAGAAAUUUUCUCCUCUGUUAUCGAAAAGUGGCAUGAUGAAACAUGGAAGUCGAGAGGAGCCCGUGCAGGUUAUUAAGGAAAUGAAGGAAAAUUUAAUGAGCGCAGCUCGCAAUUUCCCAAAUGAUGAUG